AUGAAACCACCCAUAACAAGGAGAAUUAUCUUUUGCAUUGACGUUACAGAUGAAAUGAACGAGACGAUGGGGCCCUCGAUUGACGGCAGUAUCGAGCAAACGCUUUUAUUGACAACCUCUCGAUUGGAAACGGUGCAAUUCCUUGUGAAACGUUACGUUGCAAUGAACAGCAUGAUCAGCCCGCAAGACAGCUAUGGCAUCAUUCUUUUGGCUGAAGAAGCUACCUGGUACAUGGAUUUUACAAAGGAUAUCGGGUUGAUCAGUUCAGCUGUGGAUGUACUACAAACGACCUCGCGAGGAAAUAAGCAAUUUGACGCUGAUUCGUUAUUCAACGUGAUUGAAAACCAUACCGAUUUGGUGAAUCCAGAUAUCUAUACCCAAGUGCUUGUAUUCUAUGGACGUACGGAGAAUGUGCCAUUGUGCCGUACCAACAUUGCCAAGAGUAUAUGUGGCUAUCCUCAAUUUGUACUCGAUGUCUUAUUUAUUCAUGGUCCUGUAUCUGGUCGCGAAGAAAACUGUCAGAGAGUGUAUGACUUCUGGAUUGAAACAUCGAAACGAGGGUGGUUCUUUGAGUUUGCUCGGUUGGGACGUAGUGCGUUAACAAAGACCAUGGCACAAUUGACGGCUCAUCCACUUCAACGAGGAGAUCAAGAUAAGAUUGCUGAACCUUUACAUGAGACCAUUUAUCUGGUGGAUGAUGAAUAA